AUGCAUGCCUCUAAUGCUUCUAAUUCCACCAAUGGUAAUUAUACUCCCUCUACACCAACUAGCCCAACUCCUAUUCCUGCAUCUGGUCUACUUAUCAUCCGUGUUAUUGAGGCACGUGGGAUCAUUUUACCACCUGGUAUAUCGACCCCUCAAAAUCCUCAACAAUUUGUUUCUGCCACUCCAACUUCUUCGUCAGCUUCUGGUAACACGCAUACUACACGAAGCAGUAAUAGAGAUAGCAUGCAAAGAAGACAAUGCUGGUGGUUACCUUAUGUUGUAUUAGAAUUUGAUAAGAAUGAAAUAUUGAUUGAUGCUUUGGGUGGUGAAGUACAAAAUCCUACUUGGCAAUAUAAAGCAAAUUUUGAUGUUUCACGUGAAUCAGAGGUAUCUCUACAAGUUUAUUUAAGAAAAGCAACUCAAACAGGACAUCACACAAAUGACAUGGGAAAUGAUGUAUUUUUAGGCGGUGUAAAAUUUUCACCUAAUUUCAAUGAACCAAACAGAUUACAUGAAGAAUGGUAUCCUGUUCAAGGAGGUUCGGGUAGUGUCCACGUAAACUUUACUUAUAAAAAAGAUAGUGCAAAUACACCUUUAAAAAUCGAUGCUUUCGAAUUGUUAAAAGUUAUUGGUAAAGGUAGUUUUGGAAAGGUCAUGCAAGUACGAAAAAAUGAUACUUCUCGUAUUUAUGCUUUAAAAACUAUUAGAAAAGCUCACAUUGUAUCUAGAUCCGAGGUUAAUCAUACUCUUGCUGAACGAACUGUUCUAGCUCAAAUUAAUAAUCCAUUCAUUGUACCAUUAAAAUUUUCUUUUCAAAGCCCAGAAAAAUUAUAUUUGGUAUUGGCUUUUGUUAAUGGCGGUGAAUUAUUUCAUCAUUUACAACGUGAAGGUAGAUUCGACGAAGAAAGAUCAAGAUUUUAUGCCGCUGAACUAUUAUGUGCUCUAGAAUGUUUACACGAUUUUAACGUUGUCUAUAGAGACUUAAAACCUGAAAAUAUUCUAUUAGAUUAUUCAGGUCAUAUUGCAUUAUGUGAUUUCGGUUUAUGUAAAUUGAAUAUGACCGAAUCAGAAACAACAAACACUUUUUGUGGGACACCAGAAUAUUUGGCCCCUGAACUUUUGGUCGGUCAAGGAUACACCAAGACUGUUGAUUGGUGGACUUUAGGGGUUCUAUUAUACGAGAUGUUAACAGGUCUGCCACCAUUCUACGAUGAUAAUGUAAAUGAAAUGUAUCGUAAAAUUUUACAGGAUGAACUUAGAUUCCCGGAGGAAGUAGGCACCCAGGCUAAAAGUUUAUUAAUUGGGUUAUUGACAAGAGAUCCAAAUAAUCGUCUUGGUAAUAACGGAGCUCAAGAAAUUAAAGAUCAUACAUUUUUUGCUUCAAUUGAUUGGAGAAAACUCAUGCAAAAGAAAGUUCAACCUCCAUUCAAACCAAGUGUUGAAUCAGCAAUAGAUACUUCAAAUUUUGAUGAAGAAUUUACUUCAGAAACACCUCAAGAUUCUUUAGUUAAUGACUCACAUCUAUCAGAAACUGUACAACAACAAUUUGCUGGAUUCACGUACAAUCCUGCACAUGAAGGUGUUAUGAGUAGUAGUAUGGCUAAUUCAGAUUGA